AUGCUAGAUUUGUUUCCAGCACCGAGUUAUACGGUAUGUGAACCAGACGAAGAUUUGCUAGAUGGCUGGUGCUACGUUUCAUCAGUUUUCUUUCUUCGCUUACGUUGUUUUGAAGGUGCCGUCGAAGUUGCGCCAUUGGUUUUGCGAUCGUAUCAAGAGGAACUAGCAGAACCUGCGUUGAACGGUCAAAACGUGAUCAUUUGCGCACCUACGGGCAGCGGUAAAACCUAUAUUGCCGUUAAAAUAGUCAAAGAUCAUAUUCAGAAGAGGAAGCAGUCUGGCAAGCCGUUUAAGUUAUUUCCCACCACUAGUCUUGUCGACCAGCAGUCGACUGUACUGCAGAAGUUCAUCACUGAGGGUAAGCUAAUUGCAGUCAAGGGUGGUACGAGCACGCCGAAGGCGACAGUAAUCAUGAGCUACGACGUGGUGGUUAUGACCCCGCAGCUGUUGUUAAAUGUCCUGUACGAUUCUGACGAUGAUCCGAGCCAUGUGGUAAUCGGCGAUUUUUCAUUGCUGAUUUUCGACGAGUGCCACCAUGUCACCAAAGAACAUCCGUAUGUGAAGAUCCUGCGGAUGCUGCUUACAAGAAAAUUCCAAGACGUUUCUACGAAUUCCUCCACCCAGGUGCGCCAUGUAAACCCGUUUUUACCGAGUUUAAAAACACCUUUCCUUUACCUUGCUCUUGACGUUUUUUCUUUCAGGGGGCGGUGCAAUACGCAGUUGAGGCAUUCGUUAUAUAAAAUCAACCCAUAUUUUUAA